GUUGAUAGCUGUCAUGCAACCAAAUGAAACGUGAAUAUUCAUUUUGUUGUCCGAGGAAACAGUCAGCAAAAGCGAGCAGAAAUAAGUAUCUAGUUUGCCUGCUUUACAUGAAACACUCGACUUUCCAGUAUUCAUACCAACAGUGAUUACGAAAUCAUCAAGGAACUUAGUGUAGCUGAAAAGGAAGGAGGCAGAAGAAUAAGAUGAAGUGGUUCCGAGGAAAAUUAAGCCUUAUGUUGCUAAUUCUUCAAAUAAUGUUUAUUUUAAUAUUCGGAGUAUUGGCAAAAUACAAAAACCCUAACGAUGGAGCAGUAGACUAUGGCAUGACCCAAGAUGUCCAUGUGAUGAUUUUCAUUGGUUUUGGCUUUCUUAUGACUUUUCUCAAGAGAUAUGGCUUUUCGAGUGUCAGCUUCAACCUUUUAUUAUCUGCUGUUGGAAUCCAAUGGGCUAUGAUUGUCCGGAAUCUUAUUGAGGAACAACAUUUAGAGUUAGGACUUAAGUCUAUGUUGACAAGCGAUUUCGCUAUAGCGACAGUAUUGAUUUCUUUCGGAGCCGUUUUAGGAAAAACCAGUCCGUUACAACUUAUUAUCAUGUUAAUGAUUGAAAUACCAUUGGCCCAAGUUAAUGAAUAUAUUGGACUCCAUAAGCUUAACGCUUAUGACGUUGGGGAAUCUAUGUACAUCCAUACAUUUGGUGCCUAUUUCGGUCUAGCCGUGGCGCGUGUCUUGUACAACGAUGACAUCGAACUAUCGAACAAAGAAUCCAGCGUCUAUCAUUCAGAUUUGUUCUCCAUGGUUGGUACCGUAUUUUUGUGGAUAUUCUGGCCAACUUUCAACAGUGCUGCAGCUAUCAAGGAAGCCCAACAAAAUGCCGUUCUCAACACACUUCUUUCCCUUUGCGCAUGCACUGUCAUAGUAUUUGCUGCUUCCUCUGUGAUAAAUAAAAAAGGAAAACUUGAUAUGGUUCAUAUCCAAAACUCUACUCUUGCUGGUGGCGUCGCUGUUGGUGCAUGUGCAGAUAUUCUUUUACAGCCAUAUGCAGCUAUGAUCGCUGGGUGUUUGGUUGGCUUGCUAUCUGUGGUCGGAUUUGUAUACAUACAGCCUUUCUUGCUUAAGUAUUUGAAAAUACAUGAUACUUGUGGUGUGAACAAUUUACAUGGAAUGCCAGGUAUUGCAGCUGGUAUUAUUGCUGCAGUAGUUGCAGCUACAACCGAGAAACACAACAAUAAUCUCAUGGAUGCCAUCUAUAUAAUCCGAGAAAAUACAGCCAGCUCCGAUUAUAGAACAGCUGUUCAACAAGGAGGAUUCCAGAUGGCUGCACUUUGUAUAACUCUUUUGAUUGCGAUUGCCGGCGGACUUCUUACAGGAUCAAUUAUCGCCUGCUCUAAUGGACGAAAACGUAAUAAAUAUAAAUAUAGUUUAAGAAAUAAUACUAACAACUGUAAUACUACUAAUGAAAUGCACAAUGAUCCUAGAACACCAAAUAAUACUCAAUAUAACAGCAGUUCAACAGAGAAUACAUAG